UCUAUCUCUCACUAAAGCAGUUACUGACUAGACCGUCGGAGUGGUUUGCCGGAAUCCCCUUCCGGCACCCUUCUCACGGUUGUUUUGUACCUUGUAGGUACGGCCUGGAAGUGUUCAUCAGAGAUAGCUGCGAUUCGAGGUUACAAGUUAUCAUUUGGCGCCGUCUGUGGGAAAGAAAAUAAGAAAGCUUCCCCCUUUCUAUCCUUUUGGAAACUAAUAGGAUGAGUAGAGUAGAAGGAGAUGAUCCUGCAAUCGGAGACAAUAAUACGCAAAGCAGUAGAACGGGAGAGGGACUCAACGCUCCACCGAGAAGAGCUGGUGGCGAAAGCUCGUUUUGCCCGGUCACUACAUCGAUGGCGGGCGUUCACCCGAGCCCUAUGUCGGGGAUUACUACUUAUUACCCGUGGGGAAUGCCGUCGUCGAGUAACGUUCCUCCAACAUCAUACUCCACCCCUACGCACCAAACCACUCAAACCUUCUUACGACCAGGCGUAACCCCCAUCAACCUCACAUUCACCCCGAACGCCACCCCCACACCUGGGCAAACCAUCCCAGAAGUCCAAAAUCCUACGCCAGCACAAAUCCAAGAAUACAUCGAAUUUCAUACUCGGCAGCUAGCUUUCCUCCAACAGGUACAACAGGUCCAUACUCGACCAACAACCCCAACUGCAACCCAGGAUAACACUACCACUCCGUCGUACAUACCAACCGCACCACCUUACCCACAGGAAUUCUACCAAGGCCAAAAAACACCCGAGGAAGCAAACCGCGAGAAAAAUCCGCGAGAACAAAACCCAGAACCAACACAGACCGGACAUAAAACUCCAGAGGGGCAUAAAAAGACACUAAAACGGGUGGAGAUCGAGGAGAGCGUGCACAGCUCGGGUGCUGAUUCCCCAAAGAAAAAGAACCUGGAGCAAGAAAUCACCGAAAGGGUCAGAACCGAGAUGGAUAAAUUUAGAAGAAAAGAGCCGAGAAACACAAGCUUCCUGAACAUCGGAAACCCUCUGUCGGCAGAAAUACGAGAAGAACCCUUCCCCUUAAACUACAAAACACCGCAGUUAGACGAUUACAAUGGAACAGGGGACCCGAUCACGCACUUGAGCUGUUUCCAAGUGGUCAUGAUGGUACAAUGUUUGUCCGAAGCGGCUGUCUGCAAACUUUUCCCGACUACCCUAAAAGGACCAGCUGCCAUCUGGUAUCAAAGCCUAAAAGAAGGCUCCAUCCGAAGCUUCGACGAGCUGGCAAGAGCUUUCCGAACACAUUUCGCACCGAGCAUACAACGAAAGAAAAAGUCCAGUGACUUAAAACUCUGCUACCAGAAGCCAGGAGAAAGUCUGCAGAGUUACAUCGGCCGAUUCAACGCAGAAGCGGUCGAAGUGAGAAAUUUGAAUGAUGAUACUGUGAUAGACGCAAUGAAAGACAACACAACAAUGAUGGCCUUCCGGGAUAACCUGAUAACAAACCCGGUACAAACUUACUCCCAGCUGAUGGACCGAGCCUGGAACUACAUAAACUUAGACGAAGAACAGCGGCGAAAAGCCGCACAAACUACAACAUCGUUCCGAACACCGAGGCCUAACUUCGAUCAAAGUGCCAGGCACGAUAGAUUCGGACCAAGGAACCAACAACAAGCCGGUCCGCCGCGAGCAGACCCACACCGACCAGUAAAAGUAGAAGACCAAGCUUUCAUUCCACUCAAUACCCCGAGAUCACACAUCUUGAUGUGGAUACAAAAUAACAAUGAGCCAGUGAGAUACCCACCCAAACUACAAUAUGAAGGAGACAGGAAAAAAUAUUGUCAGUUCCAUGACGGUCACGGCCAUGUUACCGACGAAUGCGGAAGCUUGAAAAAAGAAAUCGACCGUUUGGUACAAGUCGGUCGGUUAAAAGACUUUGUAGCACAGAGCAAAAAUUACAACUCGGGAGGAAGAAACCAAAGGGAUAACAAUGGAAAAAGGGAGGAAGCACCGCCACCAAAAAGACAAAACGUGUCAGGAAUAAUCAACACAAUAGCAGGCGGAAUGACGGACCCAGAAUAUAAACGAGGAAGACGGAAAAGGCAGAAGAUGGUAAUGAACAUAUCAAUGGCAAAAACUAUGCCAGAAGUGAGCUUCGGUCCAACUGACGGGGAAGGAAUAGAUUUUCCUCACCAGGACCCGCUGGUAAUCUCGGGUUUGAUAGAAAAUUUUUGGGUGAUGAGACAAUUGGUAGACGAAGGAAGCUCAGUUAACCUAAUCACGAAACAGGCAUAUCUCGGAAUCGGCUGCUCAAUACUGAAUCUUAAACCAGUCAAAACCCCCUUAGUUGGCCUAGGGGGAACACCGGUACAAGCCGAAGGAGUAGCAGAAUUAACGGUAGAGCUGGGGAAAGAAAACGGAUCCAAAGAAGGAGGCCUGGUCGGCAUCACUAAGAAAUUUAAAACACUGUUCAUGGUUGUUGACAUGCCACUUGCUUACAACGUCAUACUCGGCCGACCUAUGUUGUACAGCACAGGAGCGGUCACAUGCAUUAAAUACUUGUGUAUGAAAAUACCAACCGAGGAAGGAGUGGUAACAGUCAGGGGAAGGCAGGACAUAGCCAAGCAGUGCUACUUGGUAUCGAUGGAAGCGGUAUCAGAGACACUAGCCAUUGAAACAAUGGAGAUACCAGACUCGGAUGAAGGAAAGCUCGAACCACACGGAAAGAUAGAAAGAGUUAGCCUGGCAGGUAUAACACCAAGAUCGGUCCAAUUAGGCGCAGAACUACCUAAGCCAGUAAAACAGGAGAUAACCGACAUGCUGAUCAGAAACGAAGUCGAAUUUGUCAAUACACCAGGCGAAAUAGAGGGAGUCGACCCGGCCAUAAUAUCACAUAAACUCAAUGUCGACCCAAAACACAAACCAGUCAAACAAAAGAAAAGAGCUUUCGCAAUAGACAGACAGAUCGCCAUCAGAGCCGAGGUAGACAAACUGCUAGCAGCAGGCUUCAUCAGAAGAGUAUACUAUCCGGAGUGGCUAUCCAAUGUCGUGCUCAUAAAAAAGCCGAACGGAAAGUGGAGACUGUGCAUAGAUUUCACAGAUCUAAACCGAGCAUGCCCAAAAGACAGCUACCCCUUGCCAAACAUCGACCAGUUGGUCGACUCAACCAGCGGCUACGAAGUGUACUCGUUCAUAGACGCAGCCCAAGGAUACCACCAAAUCCCAAUGCACAAAGACGAUGAAGAAAAAACAAGCUUUGUUACCGACAACGGCACAUACUGCUACAAACAAAUGCCAUUCGGACUAAAAAAUGCAGGGGCAACAUAUCAGCGUCUAAUGAAUUUCGUGUUCAAAGACCAGAUCGGUCGCAAUAUGGAAGUUUACGUAGACGACAUCAUCGUCAAGUCCAAAAAAGUAGAAGAUCAUGCGAGAGACUUGGAAGAAGUCUUUACAAAGCUAAAAAAAUACAAACUCAAGCUAAAUCCAGACAAGUGCGCCUUCGGAGUCCCAGCAGGAAAAUUCCUAGGAUAUCUCAUCUCCCAGAAGGGUAUCGAGGUAAACCCAGAAAAAACAAAAGCAAUCCUAGAUAUGAAGGCGCCAAAAUCAGCUAAAGAAGUUCAGAAGCUAAAUGGAAAAAUCACAGCCCUCGGUCGAUUCGUGUCCAACUCGGCCAAAAGAUGUCUCCCAUUCUUUAAAACAUUGAGAAAUGCAAAAAAGUUCGAGUGGACCGAUGAAUGUCAACAAUCUUUCGAAGAACUCAAGAAAUUCCUGAGUUCACCACCAUUGCUCGGAAGGCCGGAAACCGGAGAAGUACUAUACCUAUACUUAAGUGUCACUAAUGAAACAGUGGCAUCGGUACUGGUGAAGGAGGAAUUGACUGAGCAAAAGCCGGUAUACUACACGAGCAAGGUGUUGAAAGGUCCCGAGAUCCGAUACAGUAAAAUUGAGAAGUUUGCACUCGCAUUGGUUUUAACAGUGGAAAAGCUAAAAAGAUACUUUCAAGCUCACACUGUCGUAGUCCGAACAAACCAACCCCUACGAAAAGCACUGGCAAGACCGGAAACAUCAGGACGGCUAAUCAAUUGGUCGGUCAUGAUAGGAUCGUACGACAUCAAAUACGAGCCGCGAACAGCAAUGAAAGCCCAGAUCUUAGCCGACUUUGUAGCCGAAACAACAACACACGACCAACCCACCGAAGUAGACAAGGGUCUUACCAGCUGGACACUGCAGGUCGAUGGGGCAUCAAAUAUAACCGGAGCCGGAGCAGGCAUAAUACUAAGAGGACCACACAAAAUCAAAAUGCAACACUCAAUCCACCUAAAUUUCCCAGCAACCAACAAUGCAGCAGAGUAUGAGGCUUUGAUAAAUGGGCUGAGGAUGGCUACAGUAGUGAAGACUGAAUAUGUCAAAAUCCAGAGUGACUCUCAGCUAGUGGUUAAUCAGGUACUCGGGACAUACGAGGUGAAAGACCCAGAAAUGAAAAAAUACGUAGACCGGGUGAAAGAGCUACUUACAAAAAUUACCGAAGAAGGCGGGAAAUGGGAGUUGGAGCAAAUCCCCAGGGAAGAAAACACCGAAGCAGACACACUAGCAAAGGCAGGAACAUCCAGAGAGAUAAUGCCGAGCAUACCAUGCUCAGUUCAAAACUUCAGCAGUAUCCAAAAUCCUGAAGCCACAUUCCUCAUAAACCCUUUAAAUCAGUGGAUGGAACACAUCAUUUCAUACAUCGAGAAUGGGAAUCUGCCCGAAGAUAACAAAGCAGCAAAGAAAGUAAAACGCCAAGCACCACACUUCUCAUACCGAGACGGGACUCUGUACAAAAAAUCCUUCUCACACCCCUGGUCCAGAUGCCUCACAGUAGAAGAAGGGAAAUAUGUAUUGACUGAGAUACACGAAGGUAUAUGUGGGAGUCACAUCUCGCAUCUAGCUCUCUGCCGAAAAGCUGUUUUACAAGGUUACUACUGGCCGACACUGGCACAAGACGCAGCAAACCUGGUACAAAAAUGCGAAAAAUGUCAGUACCACCAAAACGUCCACCAUCAGCCAACAGCGGAACAAAACCCAAUAGUAAGCCCUUGGCCAUUCAGCAUGUGGGGAAUAGACAUUGUCGGACCUUUUCCAACGGCAAGUGGACAGCGAAAAUUCCUGAUAGUAGCAGUUGACCACUUCUCAAAAUGGGUAGAGGCCGAAGCUGUGUCCACCAUAACAGAAGCGCGAGUUCGAAGCUUCGUCCGAAGAGAAAUCAUCUGUCGUUUUGGGAUUCCAAAAACCAUCAUAACCGACAAUGGAAAGCAGUUCGACAACAAAAACUUCAGAGAGUUCUGCAAGGAAAAAGGAAUUGACCUAAGGUUCACUUCGGUCACCCACCCACAAAGCAACGGAAUGACAGAAGUCACCAAUCGGACCAUUGUUAAUGGCCUGAAAAAACGCCUUGACGAAGCUAAAGGUCGAUGGACCGACGAGCUACACAAUGUACUAUGGUCAUACAGAACCACCCCAAAAGCUGGCACAGGAAGAACACCAUACAGUUUGACCUAUGGGUGCGAAGCAAUGGUACCAGUCGAAAUUGGCAUGCCCACCAUCAGAGUACAAUACUUCGACGAACAACAAAACGAAGAAAACACCAAAAUUUGCCUCGAUCUGCUAGAAGAAAGAAGAGAUCAAGCAUUAAUGCACAUCGAAGCAUACAAAUAA